GUUGUCUGCAAUGUGGGACAGGAGGCAGAACAGGAGCAGAGCCUGCUAACAAACCAUGCUUCAGACAUCUGAUGAGGAACAGCUGUACGGUGAGUACAGGGAGCAGCUGGGAAACUUUGCCCGACGGGAAGCUGCCCGUUUGCUGACAGAGAGACAAUGGAGGAGACAGGCGGGGGAAAACACAAGCAGCUCUCGCAAAGGCCUCGGCCGGCGGCAUCAUCAUCAUCAUCACCACCACCAUCACCCUGUGACCUUGGAGUCUCAUCACAGCCACGCCUCCUCUACCCAGAAGCCUCGCUCCUACUCCAAAUGCCAAGAUUGUUUGGCUCGUGUGCGGCGGUACAUUGUGACCAAGUUGGGGGAGGAUUGGAUUUUCCUGGUUCUUCUGGGACUGACUAUGGCUCUGGUCAGCUGGAGUAUGGACUAUGCCAGCGCCAAGAGCCUGCAAGCCUAUAAGUGGAUACAUGGGGAGCUCAAGGGCAAUGUGGCGCUCCAGUACCUCGCCUGGGUUACCUAUCCUAUGAUCCUUGUCAUGUUCGCCUCACUCUUCUGUAACCUGGUUUCCCCACAGGCCAUCGGUUCUGGUAUUCCUGAGCUGAAAACCAUCCUGAGAGGUGUAGUACUGAAGGAGUAUCUGACCCUCAAAGCCUUUGUCGCUAAAGUCAUCGGGUUGACCGCCGGCCUGGGAAGUGGGAUGCCAGUGGGCAAGGAAGGUCCCUUUGUCCACAUCGCCAGUAUCUGUGCUGCAGUGCUCAGUCGAUUCAUGUCCAUCUUCUCUGGAGUCUAUGAGAAUGGCACCCAUAACCAGGACCUGUUGGUGUGUGCGUGUGCUGUGGGAGUGGCCACCUGUUUCGCUGCUCCCGUGGGAGGAGUGUUGUUCAGUAUUGAGGUCACGUCUACCUACUUUGCAGUGAGGAAUUACUGGCGGGGAUAUUUUGCCGCCACGUUCAGCGCCUUCAUAUUCAGGGUGCUCUCUGUUUGGAACAAGGAUGCUGUUACCAUCACAGCUCUCUUCAAAACUAACUUCCGGAUGGAUUUCCCCUUUGACCUGCAGGAACUACCUGCAUUUGCAAUAAUAGGGAUCUCGUGUGGAUUCCUUGGGGCGUUCUUCGUCUACCUGAACAGACAGGUGGUCCUCUUCAUGAGACGGCCAACAGCACUCACACGCUUCCUAACCAGACA